AUGGUCAAUGAAAAGCCCAAGGAAGGAGUCAAGACUGAAAAAAAUGAUCAUAUUAAUUUGAAGGUGUUGGGUCAGGAUGCUUCUGUGAUAAAAAAAAAGAUUAAGAGGCAUACAACACUUAGCAAACUAAUGAAAGCCUUCUGUCAACCACAGGGUUUGUCUAUAAGGCAGAUCAGAUUCCCAUUUGAAAGACAGCCAGCCAGUGAAACAGACAUACCCACACAGUUGGGAAUAGAGGAGGAAGAUAAAACUGAUGUGUUCCAGCAGCAGACAGAAGGUGUCUACUAAAGAAGGAACCUGCCACUUUGUUCCAGAACUCUGUUCGUACAGACCAAGAA